GAGCUCUGGGGCUGCUGCGAUCUCUCGAUAAGCCACCUAGAGGCGACUCUGUGCGCGCGCUCCCCAGUGGCUCCCCGCCCUCCCUCUGAUCAUGUUGACAUAUUCACAGGACAGGCAGUAGUACCGAUGCGGCGCUGCGACGUUACAGUUUCCGACACCUUCUUUUUAUAACUCGGCUCUAUCCCCCAGCACUCGACCUGUGAAAACCACGCCUAUGCAGCAACACAAUUGGUCCGAAAGCGUCAAAGAGCCAAUCAAGAGGCCUCCGGCUCCCCGCAGCCCACAGCAGAGCCCGACCUUCUAGAGCCGCCGAGCAGACGCCCGGGGAAUUCUAGAGGCGGAGGAGGGUGGCGAGGAGCUCUCGCUCGUUUUCUCUCGCUCCCUCCCUCUCCUCGCGCUCCCUCUCCCACUCCGUCUCUCUCUCUCCCUCCUUUCCAUUUUUCCCCCCUAAAUCCUCCCUGCCCUGCGCGUCUGGACGCAGAUUUAGGAAGCGAAUUCGCUCACGUUUUAGGACAAGGAAGACAGGCGCGGGAGAAGAGCAGGCGAGAUUCGGAUUGAAACCCAGACACCCUCCGGAGGCUCGGAGCAGAGGAAGGAGGAGGAGGGCGAACGGAAGCCAGUUUGCAGUUCAAGUUUUGAUAGCGCUGGUAGCAGAGGGAUUAAAUCAGAGGGUUUUUUUUUUUGUUUUUUUUGUUUUUUUUUUUAAAGGAGAGAGACUUUUUCCGCUCUCUCGCUCGCGGUGGAAGCCGAGUCUAGCGCAACUGCAGACGCCUCCUCCGAGAGAGGGAGAGGAGGAGAGAUAGGGGCGGGGGAAGAAGGCGAAGAAGAGGGGAAAGUCUCCUAGGAGAAGCGCCCGCAUUUGCAACAAAGAACUGGGGGCUGGGGAGCGAUUGCCGGGACCGAGGGCUGGAGUGUCUAUUUCGAGCUAAGCGGCAGGGCUCGGGCGCGAGUGGAGACCCUGUGCGCUCCCUUCGCCUCUGAAACCGACUUCCAGGAGCGGCUUUUUAAACACGCAAGGCACAAGGGCAGUCACCCAAGCGACUAUGUCUCCUGAUUUCUCGCCUUGCCCUCUUUAAAAGCGGCAUUCCCCUCCCCAAAGAACACUUUGCCCUGUCCCUUGAGGUGCUUUAGUUGUGAUUUUUUUUUUCUUUUCUGCUUUUUAUUUUUUUUCCUUUUAUUUUUUUUUUUAAACUAUGUGCUGCUGUUAAAAACAAAAACAAAACAGCAGCUGCCGACUUGUCCCCGGCUGGAGCCCAGCGCCCCGCCUGCAGUGGAUGAGUCUCUCCAUGAGAGAUCCGGUCAUUCCUGGGACAAGCAUGGCCUACCAUCCGUUCCUACCUCACCGGGCGCCGGACUUCGCCAUGAGCGCGGUGCUGGGUCACCAGCCGCCCUUCUUCCCCGCGCUGACGCUGCCUCCCAACGGCGCGGCGGCGCUCUCGCUGCCCGGCGCCCUGGCCAAGCCGAUCAUGGAUCAAUUGGUGGGGGCGGCCGAGACCGGCAUCCCCUUCUCGUCCCUGGGCCCCCAGGCGCAUUUGAGGCCUCUGAAGACCAUGGAGCCCGAAGAAGAGGUGGAGGAUGACCCCAAGGUGCACCUCGAGGCCAAAGAACUUUGGGAUCAGUUCCAUAAGAGGGGCACCGAGAUGGUCAUUACCAAGUCGGGAAGGCGAAUGUUUCCUCCAUUUAAAGUAAGAUGUUCUGGGCUGGAUAAAAAGGCCAAAUAUAUUUUAUUGAUGGACAUUAUAGCUGCUGAUGACUGUCGAUAUAAAUUUCACAAUUCUCGGUGGAUGGUGGCGGGUAAGGCAGACCCAGAAAUGCCAAAGAGAAUGUAUAUUCACCCGGACAGCCCCGCUACCGGGGAACAGUGGAUGUCCAAAGUCGUCACUUUCCACAAACUGAAACUCACCAACAACAUUUCGGACAAACACGGAUUUACUUUGGCCUUUCCAAGUGAUCACGCAACGUGGCAGGGGAAUUAUAGUUUUGGUACUCAGACUAUAUUGAACUCCAUGCACAAAUACCAGCCCCGGUUCCACAUCGUAAGGGCCAAUGACAUCUUGAAACUUCCUUAUAGUACAUUUCGGACAUACUUGUUCCCCGAAACCGAAUUCAUCGCGGUGACAGCAUACCAAAACGAUAAGAUAACUCAGUUAAAAAUAGACAACAACCCUUUUGCAAAAGGUUUCCGGGACACUGGGAAUGGCAGGAGAGAAAAAAGAAAACAGCUCACCCUGCAGUCCAUGAGGGUGUUCGAUGACAGACACAGAAAGGAGAACGGCACCUCUGACGAGUCCUCCAGCGAACAGGCAGCCUUCAACUGCUUCGCGCAGUCCUCAUCUCCAGCUGUCUCCACUGUGGGGACAUCGAACCUCAAAGAUCUGUGUCCCAGCGAGGGGGAGAGCGACGCCGAGGCCGAGAGCAAGGAGGAGCACGGCCCCGAGGCCUGCGACGCGGCCAAGAUCUCCACCACCACGUCGGAGGAGCCGAGCCGCGACAAGGGCAGCCCCGCGGUCAAGGCGCACCUCUUCGCGGCCGAGCCCGGCGGCCGGCCCCGGGACAGCGGGCGGCUGGGCAAGGCCGCGCACCUGGGCCAGGGCCCCCUGCCCGGCCUCGGCUUCGCCCCCGGCCUGGCCGGCCAGCAGUUCUUCAACGGGCACCCGCUCUUCCUGCACCCCGGCCAGUUCGCCAUGGGGGGCGCCUUCUCCAGCAUGGCCGCCGGCAUGGGGCCCUUGCUGGCCACCGUGUCCGGGGCCUCCACCGGCGUCUCGGGCCUGGACUCCACGGCCAUGGCCUCGGCCGCCGCGGCGCAGGGACUGUCGGGCGCGUCGGCGGCCACCCUGCCCUUUCACCUCCAGCAGCACGUCCUGGCCUCUCAGGGCCUGGCCAUGUCGCCUUUCGGAAGCCUGUUCCCCUACCCCUACACGUACAUGGCCGCGGCGGCGGCCGCCUCCUCCGCGGCGGCCUCCAGCUCCGUGCACCGCCACCCCUUCCUCAACCUGAACACCAUGCGCCCGCGCCUGCGCUACAGCCCCUACUCCAUCCCCGUGCCGGUCCCGGACAGCAGCAGCCUGCUCAGCACCGCCCUGCCCUCCAUGGCGGCGGCCGCGGGGCCCCUGGACGGCAAAGCCGCCGCCCUGGCCGCCAGCCCGGCCUCGGUGGCCGUGGACUCGGGCUCGGAACUCAACAGCCGCUCCUCCACGCUCUCCUCCAGCUCCGUGUCCUUGUCGCCCAAACUCUGCCCGGAGAAGGAGGCGGCCACCAGCGAACUGCAGAGCAUCCAGCGCUUGGUCAGUGGCUUGGAAGCCAAGCCGGACCGGUCCCGCAGCGCCUCCCCGUAACCCCUCCCCCAAAAGUCUCUUCAUUCCAGUCCAGUCUGCAGUGCACUUUGUUGGAUGUAAGAUAAACCACGGCGUGCGGUGGGCGGUGCAGCCCUUCUUUGUGGGGUCCUGUCUGGGACGAGGUGCCGGACUCCCUCGAGAGAAUGUGCUAGAAACAGGCCCUGUCUUCUUGGCGUGGUUUAUAUAUCCGGGAUCUGGC